UUAAAGUGAGAGGAGGAAAUGGGUCUGAAAGGUGUGCGUGCGCAGAGGGCUCGGGCUCGGGCACGGCUGUGCCCAGCAGGAAAGCCCCAGGCUGUGGCUGGAGGGCACAAGUCCAUCCUGAUCACCAGGCUCUCCUGCCCUAGAGGCUCACGUGCGCUUUUACGGUGGGGUCCCUACGUAAAGCAGAGUUCAGUGCAAAUCACGUUUGAAGAGAGUUCUCAUCUACCACCAACCGCAAAUAUAAGCCACGUGACCUGCGUAGACCAGUCGGACCACAGCAUGGUGUUGCACUGCCAUCUGUCAGCUGAUGCUGUGAAGUUCCCAGUUUCUGUUGCCCAGCAGUCCCCAGCAGCUGUUUCCAUGGAUACCUAUCAAGUCACUUUGGAUUUGCUGCAGGCUCAGGUGGAGAUCCAUUUGGAAGAGAUACAAAAUGAGGGCCUGGUGGUGUCAUGGAUGUUCCAAGACAGACCAGACUUGAACUUAUCAGUUCUUCCACGAUUUCAAUCUCGUGAAAAUGAUGGGAAAGUGGAUCUAUCUACUAUCAAGGAUCUUAUUGAGGACUCCAUUCUCAGCACGCAGCCUGCCAUGAUGGUGAAUCUGAAGGCAUGUACUGUUGGUGGCAAUAUGAUGUCCAAUGCUAAGCUGUCUCGGGAACCCUCCUCAAACAUGGCAAGCCCAGUGAUGCACAAGCUGCUACUCCGGAACCCACAAGCACUCAGCUUGGGCCAUGAGGAGAAGCAAGGAAGUGGGGAAUUUUGCUUUGUGGCAGAGCUAGACAGUCCUUUGCAGCAGAAAUGGACAAAGCCCGUGAGAGCCAGCAGUGUCAGUGCAGGAGCAGAGGUGGAAUGGAAUGAGGAGCUUGCACUGGAUCUGGGGCCACAGAGCAAAGAGUUAAAGCUCCAGGUAUUGAGGAUCGGCAGCGGGGGUGAAAAUCUGCUGCUUGGACAUGCCAUAGUCUUCCUUAACCUCCUUAGCAAGCAGCCUUCUGGGAAGCAGGCCUUUUCACUGACCCCAGGUGUGGGACAUUCAUUGGCACCUGCUGCUACCCUUAGGUUGGAGUUUUUCUACCAAGAGUCCCCUGCAUCCUUGAGUACCCAGCAUACUGCAUCACUCCGCACCAGCAUCACCCCCACCAAGAAGUUUGAGAUGGAUCGUACCAUCAUGCCUGAUGGCACUAUUGUGACCACUGUCACCACCAUUCAGUCCAGGCCCAAAGUGGACUGCAAGCUGGAUUCACCUUCAAGAUCUCCAUCCAAAGUCGAGGUGACGGAGAAGAAGACAACGGUGCUUUCAGAGAGCAGCUGUCCCAGUAACACCUCACCCAGCAGCAGCCGGGAGAGUCAUAUGUCCAAUGGCUUGGAUCCUGUGGCAGAGACAGCGAUCAGGCAGUUGACGGAAACAAACAACAAAUCUGUCAAGAAAACCCCGACUAAACGCAGCACAUUGAUUAUAUCAGGAGUUUCCAAGGUACCAAUUGCUCAGGAUGAAAUGGCACUUUCUCUUGGCUAUGCUGCAUCUAUGGAGGCAACAGUGCAUGGGGACUCUGUGGUGUCUGGCACUUCUGAGCAGAUGCAGACCUCUGCUGAGCCAUCCCAGUUGCUCGAAGCAUCCUUCUCAGGACAGAGGUCCAGUCAGGAGCUGGACGAAACAACACGAUCGGACAUCUCUGAAAGACUGUCCGUGGAAGAUGUUGAGUCUGAAACUGGCUCCACUGGAGCCCUUGAGACCAGGAGCUUAAAGGACCACAAAGUCAGCUUUCUUCGAAGUGGUACCAAACUCAUCUUCCGGAGGAAGAACAAACAGAAGGAAGCUGGUUUGAGCCAAUCGCAUGAUGACCUCUCCAAUGCCAGCACCAGCUCUGCUGCUAGGAAGAAAGCGGGGAGUUUUUCUCGCCGUCUCAUUAAGCGUUUCUCUUUCAAGUCUAAAUCAAAACCCAAAGCCAAUGGCAGCACAACAGCAAUGGGUGAGAACUGAGGGAAGUAUGAGCCAGUCUGAAGUACUGCAUGGGAUCCUCUCUUCUGAUCCAUCUUUCCCACCCCUGGUGUGAGUGAUCACAAUCCUUCCACCCUCCAGUGAAGAGAGACCUCCCCUGCCCUGGUGCUUUCUAUUGGUUGGGGAGAAGAGUGUUCUGAACCCAGAGUUAAGGCUGAGCUACCUGGGUUCUGUCUCCUCUGGACAUCGGAAACCAUCUUCCUCUUGCAGGAACACAGGGGCAUGCUUAACAGUCUGACAGUUUGAGACGCUGUUGAAAUAACUCCACAUUCUCAUGGUGGCAACAUGCCUCUGACUUCUUCAGACAGUUUGCUGUAAAGGGAAAUACCCUGAAGAUGACUGCUUUUGUGCUAAAAAAUCAAGAACUAAGGGAGUUAACUAUGUGGAGAAGAGACUCCUUUUCAUAAUUUUGAGGAUAAAGAGGUUCAACUGUGGCUGAUGAUGAACCCUACACUUGCAAUAUUUAUGACCUGACUGAGAUGGGACAGUUCAGUGUCUCUGCUUGGUGGAAAGUUUCAAGGGCAGGAGUUAGACUUCCAUAAUCCAGUUGCACUCUUUGAACUGUGACUUUCGGAGAGAAGUUUGGGAAAAUGUCUUUAACUGAAAGGGUUUCUAACAGAAGAGGGAAACUAACCACUAUGAAAGAAACUGUCUGCUGGGUUCUUUGAAAAAUCAUGUCAUAGCCACAGUAGUUGCUCUCCUGUUGCUGGGCUUACCUCAGGUCUGUGAUAUCAUGGAAUGCUGAAUUGAUCCAUAGAUGUGCACUAA